AAAGCACUGUAUGCAGUGUGCAUGGUAGGUAGUCUUACUUCUGAUGUCAACAUUCUCGGCCAAUUCACAGCAAAAGCACGCCUGGCUAAAUCUCUUUGAUUUCGUGCUGCAAAGUGGCAGCACGACAAGAUUGUUGGUUUGUACUAUAGGUGGCUUUGCAUUCAGGGAAGCUCCGUCAGAAUCCACCAUGGCUUCCUUUACGCCGCGCCUGCGACAGCUUUUCAGCUCCCUACACAGCCAAUUGGCUUUGCCAGCUGGCGCACCGGCGAGCCAGACGGUUUUAUCCCAGGAGGGAGGAAAGUGGUCUCAAUAUGCUCAGCUGAUCCGCGCAGCAAGCGGCGUCUCUGCGAACCGGGGAGUUGUUGUUGACCAAUCAGAGGAAGUUAAGUCGCACGCACAGCAUGUGUCAGAGCUUGGGCUGUCCCGAGCGCAGGAGAACGAGAAAGAGAACAUGGCCAGCCAGGCAGAGAAACAGGAGAAGGCCAACUGGAUGCCCCGCGAGCCUGGCCUUGGGGACAAGACACGAGCCGAGACGCUCCCACAGGACAACCUCCGCCCCGAGGCCCUCGGCACGACUAUCCCGGAGAUCACCUCCCGCCCAGGGAUGUUCGACCCGGGCAGUCUGGACCUGCGUGCAAUCAAGGAGCUCAAGGCUGCUGACGUGGCACGGCAACAGGACGGCGGCGAGUGGGUGCAGCAGCCUCCCCAAGGGGACGGCGGUGCUCCGGAACGGCCGGGCCGGGAGCUGAACGAGGAGCAGCUCCACGAAAGCGUGGACAAGCUGGGCGAGCGGCGCGGCGGCGGCGAGGGCCUCGGGGAGCAGACCAAGUGGGGGGCGCCCAUCGGGCAAAACGACCCCCGAGCGGGCGACCGGUUCAGCGGAGAGGGAUCCCCCAACAAGGAGUUCCCGCCCAUGCACGAGGACCCUGCGCUACGUGGCCACAGAGAGGCGUCGGGAAUGGGGGAGGGCGAGCCGGAGCAUGCGCCGACGCAGGUCGGGGGCCAAAGCCAGGAUACGCCUUAAGGUUGACGAUUACAUGCCCAGGAAAAGGAUUUGGCUUUGGUAAGAGGUACGGCAGUGAGGAGCGUAUUCAGAUCAGGCCGUAAAGAACGCUAAUAACUUCUGGAAGAAAGGAGAGAGGGGACGUGCUCAGUCUGCAGCAAGAGGCGGAGUUGGGAAUUUGCAUUGGAGCUGGUAUGUGAUGCAAAUCUGGUGGAGUACGUAGGGAAAUGAAAACGCGCGCGGUUGGACCUAUGUCUGUAACAACUUCAGAGUCUCGAUCUGGCAUGAAUCAUGCAUGCCCAAUCGUACUAGCAUCUGCACUGCAGAGGUAUCCCGCUGGUAAUUUUGCGUCCUAAACCCAGCCUGUCACUAAUUCAAACGGCGAGCUGCACACUCCGGAAAUAGAUUGGCUUUUGGACAACAAUUCGAGCUCCGUUCAAUAUUCUUCGAUCUUUGAC